UCUAUAUAGUACAUAUAACCAACCCCUAUCUCUCUCUCUCUCUCUCUCUCUCUCUCUCCACAAUAGUCCCGCAAUGGCUAAGAGAACCAAUGUUGAUAUGUUUUCCUACUUAACAGACACCCUGAUUCUCAUCGUAAUCUCCUUUCUCCCCUUCAAAGAAGCCGCGAAAACAUCUCUCUUAUCGAAGCGCUGGCGAAACCUUUGGCGUGGAACAAAGAAGAUAGAAUUUGAUCAGAGUCUCUUCGUCAAACAAGAAAGUGAGGAAUCCAAUCAAGGAUCCAGAAAGACUCAGAAAAGGGUUUUCCUGGAUUUUUGCAAACUCUGGGUCGGAACUUAUCCCCAACUUAGCGCAAAUGAAUUCCGGCUGGCAUUAUCAGACCCUCAAGAAAACGAUACUGACACCCAACUUCUGAUCCGUUUCGCGGUUGAUCGCGGAGUGAAAGCACUUGAUCUUGACUUCUCACGCCCAACAUGCGAUGAAAAUCAAGUUGAGUUAUUCGAACUGCCACUUUUUGUUUACGAACACAUAGGGCUGGAGUCAUUGGCCUUGUUUUCAUGCAACUUCAGGGUUUCCUUGCUCAACAAGUUUCUUGCAUUGAAAAGCCUAUCUUUGGGAGGGGUAAAAUUGACAAAUUCUUGUGUCAAGGACUUGGUAUCAAACUGUCCAUUGCUGGAGAGUUUGAGUUUGAAGAACUGCUCGGAUUUAGGGUGCAUUAACAUUUCUUCGACGCGGCUUAGGAAUUUGGUCAUUGAAAAGUGCUCGGAUCUUGAAAAUGGGAUCGUGGUCGAUGUUCCGAAUUUGCGGGUUCUUAAGUAUUCUGGGCUACUGGUUCAUUUUGAGAUCGAGUACAUGAAGGGUCUGGUGGAGGCGGAUUUCGAUUUCGGGUUCGAGACCGAGUUUGGUGAAUAUGGGGAUCUUCUUUAUCAACUUCUUGGUGAUGUUUGGAGCGCUAGGGUUUUAACGGUGUGCAGUUACAUGCUUCAGGUAAUUCCAUCUGCAGAGGAAUACCCUUCACUGAAACCACCUUUCGAAGGGGUCCAACAUUUGACGCUGAAGGCGGCAUUGGACGUGCAUGAAUUUCAUGGAAUAUCCUUCUUCCUCAACAGUUGUCCUCAUUUGGAAACUCUCACCAUUGAUUUGGUCCCUGCAAGAAUAUUUCAAGAGCGGGGAACAGAUCUGGCUAUUGACGAACACGAGUUCAUGAGCAGUUUCGAGCUCAUAAUAGUGUACGAAUGCGUGAGGAAAAGCCUGAAGGUGGUGGAAAUAAAUGGAUUCAAAGGGCAGUUGAAUGAAUUGGUGGUGAUCAAUUAUCUGCUCUUUCAUGGACUUGUGCUCGACACACUGUCCAUUGUCCUGUCCAAGGAAAAGGAUCCUGAUGGCGCAGACAUGGAGUCCUCGUACCGCAAAAAUGCCCAGGACUUGCUCAAGUUCAACAGGGCCUCAGCGUCUCUGAGAAUAUUGAUCAACUAAUCGAUCGAGGUGUGCGUAAUCAGACUCCGACUCCUCUGAUAUUGUGUAACAGAGUCCGACUCCAGUUUUUCGUUUGAAAUAGUUGUGAUACAACACUGCGAAUUUUUUGAGACUUCGUUACUUUUGUAUUUGAAC